UCCCACAUCCCGGGAUUGAGUGGGGAAACAUUUAUGGGUGAUCCCUGCUGACAAAGUAACCUUCAGUCAACACAAACACUGUGAAUGAUUUUGAAAAAGAGAGUGGCCUUUGGAGUGCAAACCUGUCCCAUGCUGCUCCCUCCUCUCAGGGGAUGGCCGAGGUCCAGGAUGGACACACAUUCGCCUGUGACAGCUCUGCAAUGUUAGAGGAGAGCCAAGAUGGAAUGGACAGUGGUACCCUAAGUCCUGCCACAGCCAGACAAGUCACCAUCCAGCGGCACCCUGCUCAAGGCUUCGGCUUCAUUGCAGGCAGCCAGAGGCCCGUCAUCGUUCGCUCCGUCUCUGCUGACGGACCUUCCUUUGGUAAGCUUCUCCCCGGCGAUCAGAUCUUGGCCAUUAACGAGGAGACGGUGAGCGACGCGCCCCGGGAGAGAGUCAUAGACCUUGUAAGACGCUGCAAAGACACCAUUGUUCUCACUGUGCUGCAGCCUCAUCAGUCACCUAAAUCUGCCUUUAUAAGUGCAGCCAAAAAGGCCCGUCUGCGAAGUAACCCGCCUAAAGUGCGCUUUUCAGAGCAAGUGUCCAUCAGUGAUCCAAACUCAACAAUGCUGAAGGACGACUCCCUGCUGCUCAUACCCAAUGUGCUGAAGGUGUUUUUGGAGAAUGGACAAAUAAAGUCCUUUACCUUUGAUAGCCGCACAACUGUGAGGGAUGUGAUCUCCUCCCUGCAGGACCGCCUCUCACUGCGCUACAUUGAGCACUUUGCCCUCGUGCUGGAGGCUGGUGGCCUUGACCAGUGUCAAAAGUUACUUCUGCUGCAGGAGAACCAACCCUUGACACACGUGGUGCACCGAACCUAUUUUCAAGGAAUGAAGUGUCUGUUUCGCAUCUGCUUCUUCCCCAAGGACCCAGCAGACCUGCUGAGACGGGACCCUGCUGCAUUUGAGUACCUCUACAUUCAGAAUCGCAAUGAUGUAAUCAAGGAACGCUUUGGCAUGGACUGGAAAUCUGACAUCACGUUACGAUUAGCCGCUCUCCAUAUCUACAUCACUGUGUCCUCAGCAAGGCCCAAUCAGAAGAUCUCUCUGAAGCACGUAGAAAAGGAAUGGGGUCUAGAACCUUUUCUUCCGCUCACCCUGCUCCCAACGGUCAAGGAGAAGAAUGUUUGCAAGAUUCUGUCACAGUUGUUGAAGACCUACCAGCAUCCGCCACCAUCCGGCAGCAAGGUCCCUCCUCUUCAAGGAAAGCUGCAGUACUUGCGUGUCCUCAACGAUCUCCCACCUUUUGGAGGAAUAUUGUUCAAUACGGUUGGACUGGAUGAAAAACAAUCAGCCACCACAUUGCUGGUGGGUCCUCGACAUGGCAUCAGUCAUGUGAUCGACCUGAAAAACAACCUGACAACAGUUCUGACCGAGUUUAGUCGGAUAUCGAAGAUCCAGCUCUAUCGAGAAAGCCAAGGUGUGGCUCGUGUGGAGGUUUCAAUCCACGAAGGCAAGCCCUUGGUGCUACUCAUGGAAUGGCCGGAUGCCAGUAACUUUGCAUGCCUCAUCUCUGGCUACUACAAACUGUUUGUCGACCCCAAAAGGAACAUCUACUUCAGGAUCUCUGGUCAGUUUCAUCUGAGCAAGACAGAUUACAGGAGCUCCCACCAUUCACACCCACGUUCUGGGGCAACCGGCUUACCAAGUGGAGGGCGGAGAGGGGACGAGAGCGAAAGCUUGCACAGGGAGUCAGGGUCUUCAAGAGCCGUAGCCCCUGCAGAGUCUCAGCAUCUAGGUCUGUGCCAUUUCCACCUUCAAGAACAACAGUUUCAGGAGCUCCAAGCACACCCUGAAGCCGAGCUUGACAUCAAUGAGAACUGUAUUUCCCAGGAGGCCACUGACCGGCCCCGCACCAAGUCAGACCCUACACGGCAGAAUACAGAGGAGGUAGCUGUGGUGACACCAAACCCACAGGUGGAGAAUGCCGGAUUCAGAAUCCAUGCCCAAACAUUGGCUCAAUCCCAAAAAUCACCACGGUACUUCUGUGACUCCUGCAAAGACAGGCACAAAAAUGAGGAACGAGGAAACGCGGGGAAAACUUGCUCGAGUGCUUGCGCUUCCAGAAAUGGGGGUGGAGUUGAUCUCAUGGCCCUGCCGCCCCCUGGCAAUGAAGAAGAUGAGGAGGAGGAGGAGCAGGAGGAGGAGCCACCCAACGGAGCCGAAAAGCCGCAACCACCGCAACCUGCGAUUGCUGCCCCACCACCUGGCUUCAGAGACAACAGCUCUGAUGAGGAUGACUCAAAGAGACGGAAGAAGGCUCCAACCAGUGCCAGGACUGACGCCACCACUGUGAAACAGCAACAUAUUAAGGAGGACGUGCCUGUGACACUUAUUGAUAAUGUCGCCACGAGAACAGUCCGAGAUCAUGCACAGGAACUUGAUGAUGCAUUGGUAUCCACCUUACAAGCUCUCGAAGCUUUGGCAGCUUCUGAGGACUACCCCCAUCACCACCAGCAGCCAACACAGACUGCAGGGCUUAUUGUCCUGGCUGCUAUUACACCAGAAUCGUCGUUGGAUUCAGGACAUGAAACCAAUUCUUCUGAACUGACAGAUGUUUCUGAGAUGGUCUCGGCAAUGAAGCAAAACCAAAAUCAAGCCUACCUGCUAACACACCAUAUCAAUAAGGAAAGCCGCCUCUGCCGCCGUGAUUUUCCCCUAGCCAUCCCUGGCUGCACAGCAAAGACAAUCGGGACAGGGGCAUUUUCUGUGGGUCAGAUCCGCGCUGGAUGUCCUCCCAAGCAAGUAAUCCUCAGUAAGACUGUUCCCUUUAAAGUCAGCCCCAGUCAAGACUCUGGGAUUGUCAGUGUUAUCACAGAGCAGAGAGGCAAUCAAGAUCCCAUUCCGAAUGAACAGACACCAGAAGUGAAAGCAAACUUUGCCUCUACUAAAGCGAACAUCCCUGAUCCCCUCCUUAAACUACCCGAAGAACUUAAAGUGUCGGCUGUUUCACCUUCAGCUCCAGUCACCAAAGAUCCAAAGUUAUCCAGCGCUUCAGGGGAGACACAGAGGCUAAAUCUCCUCAACAGCGCGAAGGAGAAGUCAACAUUACCUGUUAAUACAGACAAAGCCUCAUCGGUUCUCUUACCCAUGGACAGGACUGCCUCAGCCAAGGUUCCCCAAACUAUGUGCCAAGACGCCGAGACUGCCUCUAACGAGACCAUGAAGCCGGCAAGUUCGACUGAAUUUCUGCCAGUCGAUGAUCUCUUCUGCACAUGCCCAGUGCAACAGGAACCUGGGCCGCAGUUAAGGAUGAAAGAUCCGCAGGUUCAGAAGGUAGUGGUGUUUCAAACCUCAUCACCGACGGAUGAUGAGCGGCUUCGCGCCAAAGGCCUCUUUAUGGCGAAUAGCAAAGAAAAUACACCAAGAACGGGCGUAGAGUGCAGUUUGACAAAACCUAGUCCGACAGUACAAACAAAGUAUUCUCCUCACUUUCCUCCAACAGCAGAAAGAAAAGAAGGAGCUGAGAGCACACUAGAUGGCGCCUUUGGCAAAUCCCAUUCUGAAUCGCAGAUAUGUGCUACAAAGUCAUUACCGAAUUUAGAGGACAAAACACAGAGCCCCUCUUUGGAGAGAGUGUGUACACUACCAACUAAAGAAUCAAAGAAAGUAGCGGGUGUAAAGGGGAAGCCCCAGCGCAGUGCCCCUUUUUUGAGCAUCAGAAACUUACUUUCAGCAACGUUCCCAGCGAGAAUGAGAAGGGAAACAGAUGAGCGAAGGGCACAGCUGCAAAAGGUUCGUCAGUAUGAGUUGGAGUUCUUAGAAGAGCUCCUGAGACCCAAGUCCUCGCAGGGAGAAUUUUUGCCCCAAGGAUCCUCACCUGUACCUUCGGGGACUCCUUGUGCCUGCCAGCUACGCACCAGCCCUGUCCUGAAAGCACCGGGUAUCUCCAGAGAACAGCGGCGAAGCUGUGACUGUAAGAGAAUGUGUAGGGGGAUGAGACUACCUGAUACACCAGUUGGCUCCUCCACAACAGAAACGCAAAAUCGAGGCAGGGAGAGAACGACCGCAAAGACGCCUCCGACAAACUCCAAAGCACCUCACAGUGAUGGUGCUACCAAGCAAACUCAGAAUUUAGAGGUCAAAACCGCACGAAUACGUUCCAUCAGCCUUGAGUCGAGGGAGCCCCGGGGGGAGCGGGGCAGCUGCUUGCCCACCUGUGCCUCAGAAACAAACUACGUGGAAGCAUCAGAAAAUAAGAAGCUCCAGAGGCGAUACAGCAUCGGAGAGCUGGAUAACAGUACGAACACGCCCGUUUAUGCCGAGGUCAAGCCCAAAACCAAGAGUCUCGAGAAAGAGAUGGAGCGAGUCAGAGCUACAGGAUUAAGGCUGCCAACCCCGGUGGAGCCGGUUCAUACACAGUCUCAUCAGCCAGACGGAAAGGGGAAAAAAGGUGUAUUUUAUAUUCAGAGCAAUGAGCUACUGUGCGAAAGUAAAGAAGAGAGCGGGGAGAUGCUGCUGACGUUGCCCAGUGAAGACAGCGAUGACAAGGAUAAAUGCUGUUCAUUCUGUUUCUGCUACCGGAAAUGUGAGGCAGCAGAUGAGAGCAGUGAGAAGGACGAGCUUUCAUACUCGAUUCCGCUUCAGGUUCUUCCAGGCAUGGAGCUGGACUCAAGUGCAUUUCCUGUUGUCAGCAAGACCCUGCAGGUUCUUCAUGCAGAAGACUGCAGUGGAGAAGAAGACAUAGGAAAAGAGCCACAGGCGCAAGAGAUUGACCUUCGAGCUUGCGGCACACUGGAGGGGAGCCUGGCGCGGGUUGAGGUUCUACAAGGGAAAUCCUUUAGCCUGCCUGACGGCUUCCUAAAUGCCCAGUUGGAUGCUAAUGAGUUACUCGCCAUCCUGCGUCAGUGCGCGAUCAGUCCGCAAGCUGAGGGCGAGGCUCGUCUUCAGCCCUCGCGGAUUGCAGAGUACAAGCAGGAACUGGCGGUGCAUUUCAAAGAAUUCCGAGCAUCCUGUCGCCGAGUGGCCAGCGUGGAAAAAAGCCCAACGUGUAUGCUUGCUGUUGUCACGGCCAGCUUUCAAGUGUUGUGCGAUUUAACCCAGACCUUCAUCAAACUGGUCAGAGGGGUUCGCACGGAGACUCAAAGACAGCAGCUGUUAAGAAAAGUUGAGGAAGUAGCUAUUAACUAUACUUUGCUCCUUCGCGCAGCGGAAGAAUCGAUGGGACAUUCAAGCAGCCUGCCGACAAAAACAGUUAGUCCUCAAGUGUCCUCCGACACCAAUAUGAUGAGCUCGCUCACCCGACCCAUCAAAGUUCUUCCUGCCAAGUAAAGACAACUCUUGCGGGAUUAUGAGCCAAUCCAAAACAAGCUCAUUAUGUAUUCAUUCAUUGUUUACAUUUUUACUGAAUGUGCAAUGGAUACACGGCAAUGAAGAUUGCAAUGCAGCUGUUCCAUCCCAUGUUUACAGGCCCCAAGAUAGCCUUGUGGAUAUUGCUCUGAAAUGUAAAGAUACACCAAAAUGCACAAAAUGAAUAGAAUAGUUCAACAGGGCUAAUCACCUCAUCAGUAUAUAAUCAAAACAAAUUAGUCAGUAUAACAUGAUAUUUUAUAUGUAGUGUAAAUUGGACUUGUGUCUACAUAGAAAGUAAUAUAUACAACAUUUUGUGAAAAAAAGGAUCUAUUUAAGAAGUAAUAAUUUAAAAGAACUAUAUAUAUAUAUAUAUAUAUAUAUAUAUAUAUAUAUAAUUUUGUGUGUG